UGGCCUGGGAUUGGCUCACUUGUUUUUUUACUCGUGUAUAUUGUAUCAGAGGACGUUUCAUUGCGUUUCUUGAACAAUAGGUUUCUAGGAUAUAAAGCUCUUAUAAACAGUGAAGACACGCCACUCACUAAGGCUUCACUUUCCUCACUCAGUCGUCGAACCUGACUCAGAGGAAGUAGGAUGGAGGAAAUGAGCAGAUUGAAAGCAGAUGAAAAGAAAGAGGAUAAAACUGGGAUGAGUUUAUUCGACAGGCUUAUGGCACAAAGUAAAGAUGCAGAAGAAGAUGUGAAAAUUGUGCUCCAGCGGCUGAUUGUGAUUGCUCGCCUCCCCGAUCAUCUUGCUGACGAGACAGAAAUAGGAGCUCAUUAUGAAAGACUUAACUUCCAGCUCAGCAAACAGUACAUACUGGAUCACAUGACAGGCCUCCUUUUAAUCUAUCCAUCCUGUGUGCUGCAUGUCAUUGAAUCAUCCAGGGAGGUUCUGCUCUCUGUUCUGAAAGACCUUAAAGAGAUGCAACAACAGCAGGAAUGGACCUUGCUGGAAGAUCCAAAGGUUGUGUUCAUGGACAAUCGUCCUGAGAGCAGGCUGUUCCAGCAGUGGAGCUACAAGGUUCUCAGUGCAGAUCAGGCUUUGAGAGACACUGAAGCUAAGAGACUUGAUGAAGAGGAAGAGAGCACGGAGACUGUGGUCUGCACUGUUCUGUCUGCACUGCAGAAACUGGGAGAACACAUGGACACAUCCAAGAAGGCUGGACCCGGGUCAGUGCUGGAUGAAACUCCAGAGCUAAUCAUCUCUCAGAAGGUUCUGGACAAACUUCUGACUCGAGAUGAACUCCUGACUCCAAAGCAGUACUUGCAGAUGUACGACUUACCGUUACACAUCAACAUGGACUUUGGACAAGUAAUUCGGAGCAGCUGCCUCACCACAGUUUAACUUUUUCAAUAAAUGUCAAAGGUAAAAGCUCA